AUGCAGCCUUCUAGGAAUGUCAUCCUAGUGCGGUCUCUCCCGCAGGCAGGAACACCCGUUUUGCAGAGACUGGUGGAGGCUGCGCAGACCUUUCUGGGCAUCCCAAAGGGCGGGGUGCGAGCCGUCACCAUCCAGGCGGGAGGGGAAGGCGCAGACUCGCCGUCCGUCACCCACGUGUGGCUGGUGGGCCCCGAUGCAGCCAUCCUGCACCACACACUGCUGCACCGCCGGGAGGAGCUGAGUCACCUUUUGGGCGUGGACGUAGUGGAGGUGGGCGUGGGGGAGUGCGGAGGUGAGAGUGAUGCCCCAUCCACCACGGCAGCCCACUUGGAGUCCUGUGAGAUUGGGCGUGAGGCGAGGUACUCCGUGGUGGAUGCAGAGUCGACGGCCGUGGUGGGUCCCAGGAUGAGGUUUGGGUGCGGGUGUCGGUGCGGGGGGAGAUGUGAGCGGUGUGCCACGAGACCCCCGCCGCCCGUCCACACCUGCACGUACCGCACCUGUCUGAAUGGCGGCCGCUGCUUCCCUACCUCAGAGGGUGUCAGGUGCGCGUGUCCGCUGCACACCGCCUCCCCCACCUGCAAGGUUCUCAUGCGCCACUUCCAAGGGGACGAGUCUAUCGGCAGCUGGACGUGGGUGGCGUCCAUCCCGCCCUGCCCGGAGGUUCACAUCUCUCUGGAGGUGCUCACCACUUCGCAGAACGCCACCCUGCUCUACUCAGGCCCCGACCACCUGGGCCUGGCCGAGCCCCCGCCUCCUGGCAGUUCAUCAAGGGAGGUGUUGCUGCUGGAGCUGAGGAGUGGCCGGCCCUUCCUCAUGCUGGAUCUGGGUGGUGGUCCUGUCACCCUCGCCCUCACUGCCUCGUACUCCCUCGCAGACUCCACCUGGCACAGACUAGACGUCAUUUGGAAAGAUGAACUGGUGGAGAUGGUGGUGGACUUGUGUUCUGGUGGGAGCAUACACGGCGCCUCCAUGAAGGUGACGGACGAUCCCACCACCAGGCCGCCGCCACCCGUGCCCCCUGACGCCCACACUUGUCGCGGCGCCGCCAGACUCCCGCCCACUGCACGCACACUCAACUACCAGCGGCCUCUGCAGGUGGGAGGCAUGGCCCACCCUGCGCCCUCACACGAUACCUAUGGGUGGCCAGAGCCUAUCAGAGCCUACCCACUGAAAGGCUGCGUCAGAAACCUGCGAGUGAAUGGAGAGGUGGGUGUUUUUACUUUUUUUUUUUUUUUUUUAGGGGCGGGCGUCCUUAGCAGCGGCAGUGUUCCGGGGUGUGCUGCCGCCGAGUGCCCCGCGAACAGCCCCUACUGUGGCUCCUACGGCAGGUGUCGGGUGGAGGCGGGCGCGGCGAGGUGUGAGUGUGACUCCGGGUGGACGGGAGCUGACUGUUCCACACGCACGACGCCAUCCACCUUCCACCUCCACAGUUUUGUCCGGCUCGCCCUGUCCUUCUCGCCCCUCGGCUACACCACGUCCAUCAGCCUCAGGUUCAGAACACGAAAGGCGGACGGGGACUUGGUGGUGUUGUCGUCAGAGGGUGGCGGGGAUCGGUUCGGGCUGCAGCUGUCGGGUGGGCGAGCCUGUGUGUUGUUACAGCUGCAUCCUGCCCCGCCCCGGACGUUGUGCCUGGCCCACGUGCAGCUGGCAGACGGGCGGUGGCACAGACUCCACGCUGCCAGAUACGGAUCAGCCACUUUCCUGACGGCUGACGAUGGUGACGGGGACCUGUACAACGCCUCGGUGUCUCUGAAGGGUCGCCAGCUGCUGGAGGUGGACCGCGAGGCCGGGGUGGUCCUCGGUGGGGCGUCACGGCAAGGGGACAGCGGUGCCUCUGCUUCCCAACGAGACUUCCACGAGGGUUGUCUCGAUGACGUGAGAAUAUCCAGCCGGCCGGUGCCCCUUCCCCCUGCACUGAAUAGGACGGCGUGGGCCCGCGUGGACGAGGCGAGAGGCGUGGGUGUGGAUUGCGAGGCUCCCCCGGCGUGCGGCAACGUUACCUGUCGCUCUCCGCUCACCUGUGUCGACACCUGGAGGUCCUAUCAUUGCGGGUGCGGCGAGGGGCGAGUCAUGGAGGAAGGGAGCAAUCUGUGCCAAGCCCUGGACCAGUGUGACCACCGUCCCUGUCUGCACGGCGGCACCUGUCUGGCCGCUAACACAGGAUUCACAUGCAGUUGCUUGUCGGGUUACGGCGGACGGUACUGUCAGCUGCAGGGUCCGGGCGCCGCCUCGCUCAAGCUGUCCCUGGCUGGCCUCCUCGCAGUGCUGGUGUGGUGCACGCUGCUGCUUUUACUGGUGUGUGCCGUACUCCUCCACCAGCACCACCGCCGCUCAGCACUGCGCAGGGGGACGGGGGACGGCAAGGAGUCCACCACGCCUGCUGAGACCAAAGGGCACGUGUCUCCAUCGCCUUCUGACUGCCACGCUCCUUACCUACUGGAACUCCGCCUCCUCGCUCCCCCGAGAGGCAACAGACCAGCCUCGUGGAGCACCAACCCGAACAUAGCAGACGUGGACGUAUUACAAGUGGACGCGGCCUCUGUCACCAGCAGCGUGGAGGAGAGAACACAGCAGCAGCAACAGCAGGAGAACCCCACACACCCCACGAACCGCGCGAACCCCUCCCAGGGCUCCCUCAGUAACCCCAGUAGCGCGGUGCCGGCAGAGGAAGGGGAAGCCGCAGCGGACAAGCAAGAAGCAGAACGGAGUGGCUGUGACGACCUGAGGAAUUAUGCUUACGAAGGAGGCGGCUCAUCCCCUGGCUCUUUGUCCUCGUGCUUGGAGAGUUGCAGCGGCAAUACUAAGUUUCUGGGAGGCUUCCGCGAAGUCGCCCACAUGCUGGAGUCCUGACAAGCGAUCGGCUCACACGCGACGACGGAGAAGGUUCAGGUGUCUCUCCCGGACGCUGUGCAGGAGUCAGGUGCCAGAGCGAGCGAGGAGGAGGUGAGCCUGGCCGCCCCUCUCACAGCGUCCCUGCUCGUCCCGGAGUAUGCAGUGCCGUCCCUCACCAGCCAAGCCAGCGGGGACUAGCCGGACCUUUCGUUGCUGCCUCUUGGAAUAUGUCUAUUUCAUCAUUGCCUUAAAGUUUCCUUCUCACGUAUAGCAGAAAUCCAUUCUGGCAGAUUCCAAAGCAUCGUCGCCUUUGCUUGUCCCCCCACUUUUUUUUUUUUUUUUUUUUGACAGGUGUUUAUUCAUAGAGUAAUUGCGUUAAGAUGUGAGCAAAAUUGGGACCAUAUUCUGAAAUGGUUCUGUGCCGCUGCUGUACUACUUUCAAAAGGCUCUACAAUGGUUGGAGUUACACAGAUUUUUAAGGGUGUUUGUGUUUCUAGUGACAUAUUACCAUGAUUUGUAAGUACAUUAUUAACCGGAAAAAAAAAAAAACACUCUUAAGAAUUCGGCUUAUCAUCUCUAUGGCCUUUGAAAACAAUCGUGAUGAGACAGCAAAGCGUUUCAGAAUAUUGGUCAAAGUAGUGAAUGUCGGGCCAAACAUCGCAGCGGCUGAUAGUGAGCGGGGAUGACAGGCAACUAUUUCAUGAAGGCCUUUGAAGACUUAGUACUACUCUCAUUCUUACGUAGCCUUCUGGUUAAUUUGAUCAAUUACAUGUACGAAACUCAUUAUACUGCAUUAAUUUUUAAUUUUGGUGUAUUCUUAGUUUAGAGCCAUCCACCCAACCCAGAACUUCUUACGCCAAUGUUCUUUGCUUCCAUCCAGUGUCGCGUUAUGAGGCAGGACUUUUCUUGACUCGUAUUGUUGCGUGUUGCUGUCUAUUCGUCUAUUCGUGGUGUGAGGGUUUCCUUUAAAGGUUGAUGUCACUGUUCAGUGUUUUGGAAUCUACUGGAAAUGAACAUCUGCAUGUUUUAUAUAAUUCGUUUGUUUCGUAAUAUUCCACCAUUUAAUCACACAGGGAUAAUGUUUGCAUUGCGGGAGCACCACAUACUUAAGCUGAUCAUCAUUAUUUAUCAGUCUGGAUUGGAAAGUUGAUGCCAUGCCAACAAUUGCCAACUGUAUAAUUUUUCCUUUCAUGUGAAAACAACACGGACAAGAAAAACUUACGUCGCAUAUUUCAAACGCAAAAUGAAUAGAGAUUCUGCCAUAACAAGACAGGGUGACAUGUAUAUACUUGCUGAAUUUUUUUUACAGCGGGGAUUAUAUUAAUUAAAAGCUUGAUAAAGAAGGCAGUUUAUUAAUUGAGUGAUUAACAGCCCUGGCAGCAUUUUGGUACAUAACAGCAACAGGCCACUCAAGUGAUGGUCGAGUCGAAACGUUGCUGUCCUUUCCGAUGAAACAACCGCUGAUAUUUUUUUUUCUUGAAUUUCCCUUUAUCGUUGGACAUGCACUUGUUACAUCACGUAUACUGUAGUAGAGAGACUGAAACACGCCUUGGGACUCACUUCCGUUACUGUAUAAUUAUCAUGUUGAUGAGAAUGUUUUGAAUCAUGGAGCGUACUAUACAAAACACGGCAACUAAUAUAUUCAUAAUGAAGGACAAUACAUCUGGCGAGAAGUAAAGUUUACCGAGCUAUCAAGAUUAGUUCAAUGAAGAGACUGUAAUCCUGCCACUGUAGUGCAUAGUACUAUGUCGUGGCUUUUCCUAAUGAACAUGAGUAAUAUCAAUCCCUAAAAUACAGGGUGUAAUGCGAGUUUCUGCAAAUACUAAAAGAGGUGAAAGAACGUGUAAUUCUAAGUAGAAAAUGUUCUAUGCACAUAUGCAUUUUAAGGUUUUGUUUACCUGUCAGAGGAGUUGAAAAUGUAUGAAAAUGUAUGAAAAUGUGCUCUGCGUGUAGCUAUGAAGUGACGGACAGACGGUUGCAUUGUCGCAGCCUCGGAGGUGCCACUUGCUCAAAUUAUGAAUGGUUUAAUCUUAUUUUUCUUGCAGGCUGUAAAAUAUUGCAGUAUCUUGUAACAAGACAAACGGUAUUAAAAAAGCUUGUAAUUUACCGAUAAGAGACAACACAACAGUAUUGCAGUGUCUUGUAACAAGACAAACGGUAUUAAAAAGCAUGUAAUUUACCGAUAAGCCACAAAACAACAACAUUAUUGUGGUGAUUAAAAGUCCUCCUGUAAAAUGCUACGUGGCAUCAUCAAAGCGAGGGAGGAGAGGGGAGCGAGUCCGAGCGACAUUAAAAACUACUGAAUGAUGAUGCCACGUAGCAUUUUACAGGAGUACUUUUAAUCGCCGCAAUAAUGUUGUGUAGUGUUUAUCGGUAAAUUACAUGUUUUUUAAUACUAUUUAAUACGUCUUGUUACAAGAUACUGUAAUAUUCCACAGCCUGGAAAAAAAAUAAAUAAAUAAAUAAAAAAUAAAUAAAUAAAUAAAAUAAAAUAAAAUAAAUAAAUAAAUAAAUAAUUAAUAAGAUUAAACCAUUCGUAAUUUGAGCAAGUGGCACCUUCGAGUCUGCGACAAUUCAACCGUCUGUCCGUCACCUCAUAGCUACACGCAUAGUAUACCCAUACAUUUUCAACUCCUCUGACAGGUAAACAAAGCCUUAAAAUUCAUAUGUGUAUAGAACAUUUUGUACUUAGAAUUACACGUUCUUUCACCUAUUUUAGUAUUUACAGAAACUCGCGUUACACCCUGUAUAUAAAUACAUUAUAUAUCUUAAUAAUGAUAUGGUGGUUAAAAAUGAAUUGGGUGGUUGGCCUGUGAAGUUGUCCACCACGCAUGUGCUAAGGUUGGGGUGAGAGGCGUAACGGAAACUCAGCGGUAUGGGUAGGCAAGAUUCGGUAACUUGAAUACUCGCGAUUCCGAGUCCUGAGGCUGGCGUGUUCGCUGAACUCAGUUCCAUAAAAGAGUCCCGCUUUCCUUGGGUACUCGUAAUCUGGUGGAGAGCGCGCAAUGAGCACCAGAUAUUGAACUAGGCAGCCUGCUACUUAACGAAUCCCAGUGUAAUGUCGUGGACCGUGAACCGAGUCCGGCAACGCUCAGAGAAUCUACUGAAAUGCUGGAUUCGCCAGUCUGUGGCCAAGCAAGUCCCAGUGUGAGGCGAGUUUGGGAAUUGUGCAGAUCUUAAGUUCAGUAUUAUUGAUUAUAGAAUUUUAAAGUUACCGAAUAAUGACAUUCACAGGAUUUAAUUAAGUUUCGAUGCUUGGGUAACAUUCUAUCAUACGUACUUUCUACUUGUAUUUACAGAACUUCUGAAGCACAUUCUUUGUUAUAAGUAGUUCUUAAAUACAUUCUGUGAUUUGUGAUAUAUUCAGACACAACAUUAACUGAUACUUGUUGGGACUCAGUUAGGACUCGGAUAGCAGAUUUCGGACUCAGAUCGCAGGCAGCCGUGGUGGACUCACCAGACUCGGUUCCGGAGUGGGGUCUUGCCCAUCCCUACCCAGCAGCACAGUCGCUGCAUGUUAUCGAGCUAUUCCAGCGGUAACUUGAAAUUAUAUCAGUGACAAAAAAUAUUUUGAUAACCUGGCUAAUUUUCUCUGGCAUUUGAAAAUGGUUGAGGGAAGGAAGCGUUUCGUACCCCGAAUCAUUUGUCCGAGAGUAAUUAGCGUUUUAGCAAUCUAAUCGUAAUGACUAAAUAUGAACAUCGUACAAGAAUUAAACGUCUUGUUGACGGCGGAGUUAGCUGGUGUCUGCGGCUCUCAUGGGAGACAAAAAUCCUAUUAGAGUUGCACGCUGUCCCAGAUAUUUGUGGCAAGUGCGGUACUUUUCAUGAUGGGGGCAGGAGUUCAAGCAUUCCUAUUGACUAUAGAAGUGAUUGCAGCGAAAUGGAUGUCUGAUCAGUACAUUUUAUUCAAGUCCUUUUAACAUUUGUUUUUUUGUAACUUAUUUUCAGAAGUGAAUAUUUGUAUAACGCUAACUACACAAAUUGCACACGGCCUUGUAUGAAAUAUUUGUUUUAUUCUUGGAAAUGUGCAACAAUCAUACGUCUACGUGACUGAUUUCAACAACGGUCCCUUCAACACAGUAAAGUGUUAAUGUGAAUAGAUUAGUAAAGGAAAACUAUGAAUGCUGUUUAAAACUGCAUAUCUCUAUUGAAUGUAAUGGCUCGCACUGCCACAACUUUCGUAUGGGGUGACUACACCAUUACGCCUCUGACUGCCUCGCGAUUGUAAAUGGAGGACUGUUACCUCAGGAGUCUGGAUAACACCACUGGCGACACUUCAACAUUCGAGUCAACUUUACUAAUCGGGUUGAAGCAGCGUGCAGAGAAGUCUUUAUACUUAUCUCGGUCUUAUAAGACGGUUUGAUCUUGCCAAGAAGUGAACCCAGUAAGGAUGACGUCUCUAGGGUUGUUUGGGAAAGGUAAAUGAGACCACCUCAGCAUCUAAUCGUCUGUUUAUUAUACAGUGUUACAAUUUUUGAAUAUAUAAUACAGACCGAAUUUGUGGACUCCUACAAAAUAUUGCUUUUCUGUGUUUCCCUCAUUGGGAAUUUGUCAUAUGAAUACAAAUAAAUAUCUUAUGCACGAGUUGGAUUAUAUACCAACAUAUGGAUA